AUUAGGGCAGAUGAUACAAAUGUAGCCAUAAAUGAACUUACCAAAGUGACAGGAAUAGGACCUGCAGCAGCUCAGAAAUUGGUCCAGGAUGGAAUUACAUCGAUAGAAGAGUUGAGAAAGCAUACAGAUAAAUUGAAUCAUCACCAGCAAAUUGGAUUGAAACAUUUUGAAGACUUUGAGAAGAGAAUUCCCCGAACUGAGGUGGAGCAGAUUCAGGACACUGCCUUUAAUGAGAUAAGAAAGUUAGAUGAUAAAUUUGAAGCCAGGGUUUGUGGCAGCUUCAGAAGAGGUGCUGAGUCCAGUGGUGACAUAGAUAUUCUACUAACUCACCCAGAUUACACAUCUAAAACCAAAGGAAAGCCAGAUUUGCUACAUCAGGUUGUAAAGAGACUGGAAAAAGUAGGACUAAUCACUGACACAUUGUCACAUGGUGACUUCAAGUACAUGGGAGUUUGUCGAGUGUUAGAUUCUGGUUCCAGUCCUAGUUCUUCCAAACAGAAGCCAUUCAGGAGAAUUGAUAUCAGGUUGAUUCCCCAUGACCAGUACUACUGUGCAUUGCUGUACUUCACUGGAAGUGACAUUUUUAAUAAGAAUAUGAGGGCCCAUGCCCUGGAAGUGGGGUUCACGUUAAAUGAGUAUACCCUGAGACCUCUGGGUAGCACAGGAACACCUGGGGAACCCUUGCCAGUAACGUCAGAGGAGGACAUUUUUGACUACCUAGGGAUGGAAUACAAAAACCCUUCACAGAGGAUCUCCUAGUCUAUUUAACCCUGUCAUCAACUCAAACAAUGCAUUAAUGAGGCCAAUUAUCCAAUUCAAUCACAGCCUUAUAAAACAGUUAUAACAUUUGUUAAUGAAUUUUCUUCUCAUGUUUUAGAAUUUCUUGUGUUGUAGAAGAGUUAUGAAUGUCUUAAAUGUUCACUUGUAUUCAAUUGUGUGUUAGUUGCGAGUUUAUGUAUUGCAAGUUACUUUUAUAAUUAUAUAUUAUUCACUGCUUGUUUGAUGCCAUGAACGUUGUAUUUUUCCUGUUGAAUGUUUAUAAUACAUCUACAUUGUUUGAUAUUGUGUCUGAGACAAGAAUUCCCCCCUGGCGUUCAAUUUAUAUGUGUCCAUACUUUGAUCUGGCAGCUAUUAAAUUUUCACUGUUUAUUUGAUUGUAUAACAGAAUCAUCCUACUUAAGAUUUAUUGUAAGUACAUCAGGUGAAAUGGUCAAUAUUGACAGGUUAACCUCUGUUAUUGAAAAUACGUCAAGUUUAGAAGGAAAUGGUAGUAUUCUUUCACAAACAUACUGUAUACAGGGAAAUUUUUGCCCCCGUUUUAUUUUCGCCCCUUUCGCCCUACCCUCAUUUGGGCGAAUUUAAAAUGGGGCGAAUUUAAAGAAUACAAUAUAAUUUCUUAAACAAACUAUGUCUGGGCGAAUUUAAGACGGGGCAAAAUUGUUUGUAAGUGUGAAAGGGCGAAAAUAAGAUAGGGCGAAAAUAACCCUGUAUACAGUAUAACAAAAAAUGUAUUGGUUUGGGAAUGAAAUACACAUAUGGUUUAUUGUUGUAGUUCAUCUAUUUUAGUAACUUGCAGACUAUGAUUAGUACAUAUACCCUGCUGUAUGUUUAGUUGUUUUACCACAAAAAAUUCUACAUUGUUCCAGCAUCCAAGUUACAACAGCCAUGAUGUGUUCUUUUGUAAAUCUGCUAAGCAUAUUUGAUAAAUUGUAGUAUAUAUAUAAUGUAAUCCAUGAUAUAGAAAUAAAAGUUCUAUAAAUAUUACGCAAAGUA